UUCUGUUUUCACCCACAGCGGCUGCAGAACCCUAAAAUAGAGAAAGCAGAGAUUCUUGACUUGGCUGUGGAAUAUCUUCAAAAGUGGACAGAUGGGAAGAACCAGAGCAAUGGCUCCACUGACAGUCACUUGAAGACGCAUGCUGCUGUGCUAAGCCUUCAUCACCCAGAGUCCAAUGCUCCUACUCUCUUUACCAUAGAGAGUGCAGGUUUUCAGCAGUGUGUGGCCCAGCUGACCAGCUACAUGCACAAAAUAACGCCGGCACAGAGAAUGAGCCUGAUUGAGGGGCUGAAGCAUCGCACAGAGAGCCAGCCGCCGAAUAACACAAAACCAGACUUCAGCCAGAGAAUGACGGACACUGAGGCUGCUAAAUGGCCAGAUGCAACAUCUGUGGAGGCCAUUUGCACAUCUGAGAGGAAAGAAGAGUCUCCUAAGUUGUUGUUUCCAUCUCACUCCCCAUUCCAGCCUCACUCUUGCUCCACACCAUGCCACGACUACCUGUCUCCUCCUCCCUCUCCCUGGCUUUCUCCUUCUUUUUCCACGUACGCCACCUCUCCUCCUUUCCCGUCAUUUGCCUCUCACUUCUCCUUCCCCCCCAGCCUGUCACCUCUUUCUUCCAACACCUCCUUUUUUAGUUUCUCUCCCACGGUCCCCCACUCUGGCCCUCCUGCCUUCCACUACCCCCCUCUCACCACACUGAGAUCCCCUCCGCACCCUGCACCGAGGGAGGGGUUGCCACCAAACUCUUCCACACCCAUGUGGAGACCUUGGUUUUGAUCAAGUGGACCAGAGACUGAUGAACUGAGAACAGCAGAGCCACCUAGUGUGGUCUAGCUGCAACCACUGGCUGUGGUGAGAAUGAAAAACUCUCCAUGCUGGAAAUAUAUAGUGUACAUAUUAUUCAAAUUGCCUAUAUUUUGUAUUUCUUCUUAUAAAUAAAACACACACUCGAACCCACGGUCCCCCACUCAGUUUGUACAUUUAUCUGCUGUAUGUCUGUAAUUAUACACUCACCAUGAACAAAUGACAGGUUUUAUGUUCACUUGCAGACCUUGAGAUAUUUACACUUUAUAAAAAAUAAAAAAUAAUUACCUAGUGUAUGCUAAUCAUACAAUGAUGUCUAUUUGGCACCUGGGAUCAUUCUAAUAGAGGCUAGUCUG